AUAAUAUUACACGUCAAGAAUGAUGAACGAUUUCAACAGUUGGUAUACAAAAUAACCUCUUUUUACAAGAACAUAUGUGAGUGUUUUAGUCUUAUUUGGAAUAAUAGGCAAAUUCAAGCCAGCUUAUUUGUGGUACAUAAUGUUCGAUGCUAAGAAAAUAUUCAGUCUUCAAGUAUCAAUUAUCAUCGAAUUAUGUAGAUCCAUAGAUUAUUUACUCAUUACUUUUUCAGCGGUACAUUAAGCUUUAGUUUUAUCCUCCAUUUGUUGUUUAUAAUCUUUUGUAUAAAGAACUGUGAAAUAAUGUUCGAAGGAUCUAAUUAUGCAGAUUUCUACUAUAUGAUUCUUUACUUUUUUAUAACAGGAGAUGUAAUACAUUUGAUUAUGUAGAUAAUGAGUUGGUUAUUUGAUUACGGAUUUUUAUCUGGAGCAUUUUGUUUUGCAUUGAUCUAUGUUUGGUGCAAGAGAAAACCAUUUGAAACUGUGAGAUUCUACUUUGGAUUUUAAUUCAAAAGUGAAUACUUUCCAUGGGUCCUCAUUGCUUUUGAUGCCAUCACUGAUCAAGACGUAGUCUAGGAUCUUAUAGGUUUAGGAAUAGCACACUCAUAUUUAUUAUUUAAAGACUUUCUACCAGUUACUCAGAACAUUUCCUUGUUGGAAACACCCAAAUUUUUGUAACAAUUCAUUGUAAUUUCUUAGUAAGAACUUUGUGAAUAAAUAUAUUGUAAAAUAUACUCCUUUUGCAAGAAACAGAUUUAAUUAAUAGUAAUUCCAGCAGCCUUAGAGACAGUUCUUUUAAGGAUAAGGUAUACGUUUAGGUUGA